GCCUGUUUUGCCGGCGAAUACCUAUCGCUAAACGGCAACCAAUGGACAACUUAUUGUCAAAACAAAUCCAUCAAAUCGUCGGCUACAGUGCCGGGCAGUAUAUACACAGACCUGCGGGCCAGUGGCCACUUGGCCGAGGAGUUGCUCAGCGGUUAUAACGAUGUCAAUUACCGGUGGGUUUCGUGGGACAACUGGACGUAUGAGCGCACGUUUGACGUCCCGGCGGCACUGCUUACCAAACAAGUGGUCAAUUUGGUGGCCGAAGGGGUGGACACAGUGUCCAAGAUAUACGUAAACGACCAGUUGGUCGGCGAGACAGUCAACCAAUACGUGCGGUACGCGUUUGACGUGAAGAAAGUGGUCAAAAGUGGUCAAAACACAAUCCGAGUGGCCUUCGAGUCGGCGCUAACCUACUCGCGCCGGCAGCACCAAUGGCAUCAUGACAAAUACCACUACGAUAUGAUACCCCAAUGUUUCCCUAAGGAAUACCGCGGCGAGUGUCACAACCAGAUGAUCCGCAAAAUGCCCGCAUCGUUCAGUUGGGAUUGGGGACCGGCAUUUCCCACACAAGGCAUAUGGAAACCUAUCGGUCUGGAGGCGUACGACCGGUCAGUGGUGCGCGACAUCACCGUCGAGACCACACCCGUCAAAGACUCGCCGACCAAAUGGCAGCUCAACACCGGUGUGUUCAUCGAGUCGGCCGCCGCCGUAACCGUCAAACUGACCGUACAUCUGGACGAUCGGGAACUGGUCUCUGGCCAGGAGUACGCGCUAACGCCGGGCCCGGACGGCACCAGCAAGGUGAAACUAAUCAUCCCGGUGGACAAUGUGGAAAAGUGGUGGCCUAACGGUGUGGCAGCCGCUACUCAGCGACUGUACGCGCUUAAAGUGACCGCCGUUUUCCCGGACUCGCCCGGCGAAGUGUCUGAACUGAGCCGACGUAUCGGUUUCCGUACGAUCGAAGUGAUACAGACGCCGGUGAAGCCAAUUGGGCUCACGUUUUACUUCCAGGUGAACGGACAGCCAUUCUAUGCCAAAGGGUCCAAUUGGAUACCCGCCGACAACCUCCAGGAGCGCAUCACUCGGGAGUACUUGCGUGGGCUGAUGCAGUCGGCCAGGGAUGCCAACAUGAAUAUGAUGCGCGUCUGGGGCGGCGGUGUCUACGAGUCGGACUACCUGUACGAGUUGGCCGACGAGUUCGGUAUUAUGAUUUGGCAGGACAUGAUGUUCGCCUGCAGUCUAUACCCCACCGAUCCGGCCUUCUUGGCCACCGUUGACCAGGAGGUGACCCAACAGAUGCGUCGACUGCAACACCACCCGUCUAUCGCCAUAUGGGCCGGUAACAACGAGAACGAGGGUUUUGUGCGAUUGGGCAACAAGAAUGAGACGGCUAUACAUAAAGCCGAUUACAUCGAGCUCUACAUCACUCACAUCCGGCGCCUGAUUCUGGACCACGACAUGAGCCGCACGUUUGUGGGCUCGAGUCCGUCGAAUGGCGAUGAAGAGGUUCAGGAGGAUUGGGUGUCCGGCCAUUUGGCCGACACCCGUUACGGCGAUGUCCACUACUAUACGUAUGACAAACCCCUGUGGAAUUGGCGCCAAUACCCGAGCGGCAAGUUUGCCUCCGAAUACGGUUACAUAUCCUACCCGUCCGUCGAGACACUGUUGACCGUAUUGAACGAGACUGACCUGACGUUCCCGAUCGGAGCGGCGCUGGAGCACCGGCAGCACCAUCCGGGCGGCACCAAAUCCAUCGAGAAGGCAAUUGCCACUUAUUUCAAACUGCCCUCGAAGGGCGGUGUCGAUCGGUUCGCCGAUUUGGUGUACUUAUCACAAGUAAUACAAGCGAUGGCUAUGAAAGUGGAGACAGAGUUUUACCGCCGCAACCGA